GGACAUUAACCAGAUGGUGACUGAGCCCAGGACCUAGUAACACAAACAAUGAGGACUUUAUUUGUGUUGCCUAUCUUAUUUCAUGUUGCAUCAACAGUGAAACAUUCCAUGACAUAUGUCUUCACUGCAUCUUAUGGAGUCCAAGAGUUUCCAGAGUUUGUGGGUGUAGGGAUGGUUGAUGGAGUUCAGUUUGGAUACUGUAACAGCACAACCGAUGCAGCAGUUCCCACACGUGAAUGGAUAAAAGAAUUCUUCAAAGACAAUCCUCAAGACCUGGAGUGGUAUUCUGCAGAGUGUCUGGGACAUCACUACUUUUUCAAAGCUCAAAUUGACAUUGCGAUGCGUCGCUUUAACCAAAGUGGAGGUGUGCACAUUCUACAGAAGAUGAGUGGCUGUGAGUGGGAUGAAGAGACUGGAGAGACUGUUGGUUAUAACCAGUAUGGCUAUGAUGGGGAAGACUUCUUGGCAUUAGACAUGGAGACACUGACGUGGGUUGCUCCGAAUCCUAAGUCAUUUAUGACCAAACUCAGAUGGGAUACUGACAAGGCUAGAUUACAAAUCAAUAAAGACGUCUUCAUGCACAAUUGCCCCAAAUGGCUGAAGAAGUAUUUACAGUAUGGAAGCAACUCUCUGCAAAAAGUGCUUCCCUCAGUGUCUCUCCUCCAGAAGUCUCCCUCCUCUUCAGUCAGCUGCUUCGCCACAGGUUUCUACCCUGACAGAGCUGUGAUGUUCUGGAGGAAAGAUGGAGAGGAGCUUUAUGAGGGUGUGGACCAUGGAGAGAUCCUCCCAAACAAUGAUGAAACCUUCCAGAUGAGUGCUGACCUGAACAUUUCAUCAGUGAAACUUGAAGACAGGGAGAGGUACGAGUGUGUGUUUCAGCUCUAUGGAGUGGAGGAGGACAUCAUCACCAGACUGGACAAAUCAAUGAUCAGAAGCAACCAUGGCUCUACCUCUGGCUUUCCUGUUGCUCUUGUUGCUGGAGUUGCUUCAGGCCUGCUGCUCCUGUUUUUGUGCGUCGCUGGACUCUGGAAGUGGAGAAAGAACAACAGUGGGGAACAGUGUACAUCAGAGGAGAAAACUGCACUGAAGUGAACCAACGAGGAGUCAGAACAAUGUUCAAGACUUGAACGGUCUAUUAGAAAUAAAAUCUCAGAACCAGACAUAUCAUAUUCAUGAAAAUAAAACUUUCAUCAAGGCACUAAGACAGAGGAAAAGUCUAACUCAAGGAGUGGAAUAAGCUGAGAUAACACUCCAAAGGCAGCUAGUGCUUCUAACUUUUUGAGGUAGUUGUAUAUGCGUGUAUAUAUUUGUACAGAAAUCAGUUCAUGGUGUUCAAUUCGAUCAUCUUGGUAAAACAAGGGUCAGAUAAUGUUUAUUCUAUUCACCCAAAAGAAUGAGUUCAGUAAAUAGACUACAGGUGUGUUUCAGUAACUUUCCACCAGAGGGCACCAACAGCUUCAGAUAAAAGUCCUGUUCUGUACCCGUGCCAGAAACCAGCAGAUCAUACACUGUGGUAUGGAAUAAAAUGUUAAUAAUGAAACAAAUAAAUAAAUACAUUUUGCACAAAGUUUCUUUUUACAGUUUUAAAGGCAGCCUGGGAAAAGGGGUCUAUUGUAAUUGAGCUGGUACUUAUAAGCUUGUUUUUAUUUUAAAAUGUCCAUGUAGGCUUAAAUAUUGAUUAUAAAGAUGUUCUUGAUGUAUUUGUUAAAAUUUUUGUUUGUCAUUUGAUUUCUGUUUUCUGCCUGUUACCAAAUCAGUAAAUUGUCAAGCCAUGCUUUUUCACAUCAGAACCAUCACCAAAAUAAAAACAAUA